GUAGAUUCGUUAAAUGGAAUCUGGUCACACUGCCUGACUGGCCAAUCAAAAAAGUGCAAUUUUUGAUUGUGUAAUAAUAAUAUAUCUCACUAUAUAGUCUCCGAAAAAAAAAAACAAAUAUGUUUGCUAGAACUGGGUUGAGGAAUGUCUUAUCAAAUAAAUUUACAAGAUUUUAUACCCAAGGAACGAAUCAAAGUCAAGGAACGGCAUCAUCUGUACCUGCAGCUAGUUCUAACGUAAAUGCUAAUGUUCCUGGUCUCAGCAGCGCCGUCGUUCAUCAAGCUACCGAGACUUUAGGACCUGGUGUAGAUCCUAAUAAAAGUGGACCGUAUAAAGUACCUGAAUAUUUCUGUUACGACAAUAUGAGUUUCUUCGAAGCAGAAAUUGAGAUGUCUAAAUUCAGGUGUCCACAACCAUCUGCAUUAAAGAAGUAGAUAAAUACUAUUUUAUGAUGAUUAUUUAGACUAGCGCCGUUUACGAUUAAUUAGAAAAUAAAUUAUUGUUUCAUGGCA